AUGUCCACCUUUGACUUCGUCAUUGUCGGAAGUGGCCCCUCAGGCAGCGCUCUUGCCGCUGGCCUCGCCAACUCCGCCGCAAAGCCCCGUGUCCUUCUUCUAGAAGCAGGCGAUCAUAAUGAAGAUCGCAACCUCCGCGUGGAUGGCCAACGAUGGAUCACUUUCCAGAACCAGUCCAUGAACUGGGGGUACAAGACAACCCCACAGAGCGAUUGCAACGAUCGGGAGAUUGACUACAGCCGUGGCCGGUGCAUGGGCGGGUCGAGUGCUAUCAACUUCGGUGUGUACAGCGUCGGCGCCCGCGACGACUAUCAGGAGUGGGCGCGAAUUACUGGCGACGAGUCCUAUGCUUGGGAAAACAUUCAGCGGAGGUUCAAAGAGCUAGAGACGUUCCACGGGAAGACCCCCGACGGUGUAGCCAAGAAGUAUGCGGAUCCAAAGAUGGAAGAUCAUGGGAGCCAGGGUCCGUUGCAUGUGGGCUUUGCGCAGGAAUGGGAAAAGGACUUGACGGAGCUUUUGGAUGUGUUUGAGCAAGUUGGAUUUCCGUUGAAUCCCGAUCACAAUUCGGGCAAUCCAAUUGGAAUGUCAGUUCUGAUUAAUUCAGCCCACAAGGGACUACGAUCGACGGCGGGGGAUCUGGUGAAGGAUAAGCUUGAUAACCUCACAAUCAUCACGGGAGCACCUGUGCAGCGUGUACUCCUGGAAGCUACCAAGGCCGUCGGUGUGGAGUCUAAUGGGACAAAAUACUUUGCUACGAAGGAAGUUAUUUUGAGCGCUGGCUCAUUGAACGACCCUCGUAUCCUUAUGCACUCGGGUAUUGGCCCCGCCGCUCAAUUGGAGCAGCACAAUAUACCCGUUGUUCUUGAUGUCCCCGCUGUGGGUCAAGGUCUCCGUGAUCACUGCUUUGUACCGAUGGUCAACACCCGCUCGGAAACGAGCACUGGUCGCAAGGCGUUCUAUGGCGAUAAAGCCGCUAUGGACGCUGCACUAAAGCAGUGGCAAGAGGAUGGGACAGGCCCCUGGGCGAAGUUUGCCUGUGAAUUAGGUAUCGGUUGGUUUAAGCUGGCUGAGCAGCUUGUCUCUUCACCGGAAUUCAAGGCUCUUCCCACGGAUGAACAGAGAUACCUGCUCCAGGAAACGGUGCCGCAUUAUGAAAUCAUCACACAUUUCCCUGUCCACUGGUUCAUCCCGGAUUUCCCCUCCGAAGCACUGAACUACUCCUGUCUUCUCGUCUUCCUCUUCAAUGCCCAGACUCGCGGCGAAGUGACUCUGCAGUCGUCUGACCCAGACGCUCCGCUCUCGUUCAAUCCCAAGUUCCUAGCUCACCCAUUCGAUCGGCGACUCGCGAUUGAGGCCCUACGGGACUCAUUCCGUAUCAUCAAACACGAGUCCUACACUAAGGACAACGUGGCAGAGAUGGCAAUGCCAAAGGGCGAUUCAGAUGAGGAUCUGCUGGAGUACUGGCGGCAGAACAUUUCUUCUAGUUGGCAUAUGACGGGUACUGUAAAGAUGGGUAAGAAGGGAGAUCCGGAUGCAGUCGUUGAUCCAGAUUUCAAGGUCACGGGCAUUGAGAAUCUACGCGUGACUGAUAUGGGUGUGGUGCCGGUUUUGGUAAAUGCGCAUGUCCAAGCUGUUGCGUAUGUCACUGGUGCGACUUGUGCAGAGAAGUUGGUUCGUGAGUAUGAUCUGGCAUAG